CACGUUCAAAAGCACCAGCAAAAGUAACAUCCAGCAUCCGGGCACGUAACCAUAGGGCGAAACGCAAUUUCACCUCACACAGAGACAGGAGAGAAUAUAGUGCAAGUGCAAAAAGGGUGUUCCACCAUCUUUUAUGGGCUGCUGUGGAAAAGUGUGAAUCCAAACCAAAGUGAACAUACGCAGUUUUCUGCAAAAGAAAGAAGAAUCGUUGGCUCACGCCGGAAGUGUUUCGAAAGUGUAGAAAUGUGGCUCCAAAAUGGACCCCAAAAUUAGAAAUCUGUCCCCAUAUCAGGUCACCAUCUACCGAAUGGAUUUUAAAAAUGGAUGAAAUCCUAGUGCAAAGUGAAGAGGAGCCAACAUCACGCCCACGUGGAAAAUCGGCCCAGCCUGAAGGAUAAAGUGUUCCCAACGGCAGGAACUAUGAAGCAAGGGUAUAAGAGAAGAUUCCUUCUGGAACUAGUCGCCGAUUUCACCGUUUAGAAAAUUGUGCAACACACGCAAAUUGGGAGAGUCCUUCGUGGAGCAGUUCGAAAGCGAAGAAUAAACGAAUGUCAGGAAUAAAAAGUGCUCCCGCAAGCGGAAAUCGGUGAAAAUUUUGCGAUGUGUUCGUAAUUUUCCUAGUGUGUAUUGUGAAGAAAAAGAAAACUUUGCGCCAAGGUUAUAGUGUAAAUUUUGUGUAACAUAAAAUCUAAGAAAUUUGCCUAACUAGGGCAAUCACAGCAAAUCUAUCAAGCAAAGCAUCACACUAGCUGUGACGACCGACCCGGAUUAUACUUAACGUACCACAGGGCACACCACCAUCAGGACACACAAUCGAACGGCAGUGGAACCGACAUUUGGGCCAGAGACCAGACGAGCGAUCAUGAUCAGCAACGCCGAAAGCAACGGGCAGAGCGACCGCGUUCGGGGUGGAAUUAUUCGGAGUGUUUUGGGACGGUUCAUUGGUACGGUUGCCACUCUUUCGGCCAUACUGCUCGUAAUCGGAGUCGUGGUGUGCGACGAAGACAUAACGCCCAACCCACUGAACAAUCAUCGCAGACAUUCGCAGCCAAUUCAAUAUCCAGGUGCACCACAAAUCACCGGACCUCGUCAGCCUUAUCCCACCGGUAAGGUGAAAUCCUCCGAGGGUAGACUGAUCAAAGCAAAAUCAAACUCCAAAGCGAAGGCAAAUGUCCGAACCCCGCUGCCGCAAGGGAAACUUAAGCUGGCACCGGGGCCACUAGCACCCGUGUACAAUGUGAGCCUGGAGGUGCCCGAUGUGCGGAGCGGUUCGCGUACACGACCCAUCCCGAUCUACGUUCCGCCCGGGUUUGGCACCAUGGGAAUCAUUCGAUUCGCGGGUGGUGAACGAACCGAGGACUACCGCUUCCACCACAAUGGGUACGAGUACACACCGGAGAAGAUUUUCAUUCCGGAAGGCGAGCUGCUGAACGAGGGCGCCGGCAAUGGAGACGCUUCGCCUGGGAUAGACAACUGCGACAUCAAGUGCGAACCGAAGGAGUUCCGUUGUGACAAGAGUUGUGCGUGCAUCCACACUGAUUUGCACUGUAAUGGACAAGCGGAUUGCAUUCUCUCGGAGGAUGAACAAAACUGCGAAGUUGUCCACCAGGAGCUGGCCAAGCAGAUGAAGGACAGUUGUGAAGCGAGCGGAACGCACGUAUUGUGCGCUACCACUCGCACAUGUAUCGCAAGGGAUUGGCUCUGUGACGGGGAUGACGAUUGUGGAGAUUUCACCGACGAGACGCACUGCGGCAACAAGCACGAGUGCACGGAGGGAAAGUACAAGUGUCAGAAUGAGUUGUGUAUUCCACCGGAGUGGGUCUGCGAUGGCGAUAACGACUGUACCGAUCUGUCGGAUGAGCUGAACUGUAGCAGAAAAUGCACCCAGGACGAGUUCCGCUGCAACGAUGGUUCCUGUCUGUCGGCGCUGUUCGAGUGCGAUGGCGGAGCGGACUGCGUAGACGAGUCGGACGAGUUGAACUGCGACCGCACGAUGCAGACCUGUCCGGAGGGAGAGUUCAAGUGUAAGGGUUCACUCGGUGGACUGGGAGGACCCGGAGGGCGCUGUGUGCUGAUGCGAUUCCGUUGCGAUGGGGACAACGAUUGUGGCGAUUGGAGUGACGAGGAGGGAUGCCCGAAGAAGCAGGUCAUGUGUACCCCGAACGAGUUCAAGUGCGACGAUGGAGACUGCAUUCCGGUGCAGUGGCGAUGCGAUGACAAGCAGGACUGCAACAAUGGCGAGGAUGAGAAGGGCUGCCCGGUGGAUAAGCUGGGCGGGAGAACCUGUUCGCCGGAUGAGUAUACGUGUAAGGACGGAAAGUGUAUUCUGCGUUCUUGGGUGUGCGAUGGAAGUGCGGACUGUAAACGGGGAGAGGACGAACAGGAUUGCGACAUCAAGUGCGAAAUCAACCAAUUCGCUUGUCGAUCAAGUAGCCGAAACAGUUCUCGUGAUUCGCUCUGCAUCAACCAGAAACACGUUUGCGAUGGGCACAAGGAUUGCGUCGAGGGUGAAGACGAAGUCCGUUGUCCGAUUGUGCAUCCCUGUAAUGCUCACGCAGAGUGUGAACAGCUGUGUGUUACCGCGUACAGUGGCCGCGAGGAGUGCAUGUGUCGUCCGGGAUACCUUUUGCACGGAAAUGGCUACAAUUGUACCGAUAUUGACGAAUGUACAAUCACAAACAAUCCUGUGUGCUCUCAGGACUGUGUCAACACGAUUGGAAGCUUCCGAUGUUCUUGUAAGCCAGGUUAUAGUCUGCGACCGGAUCAACGAACCUGUAAAGCAACCGGCGGAGCAGUUAAACUACUUAUGGCUAACAGAGCCGACAUUCGUCAGGUAGCGCUCAGCAACAAUCAAUUCACUUCGAUUGUGAAGGGUUUACCGAAUGCUAUCGCACUGGAUUAUCAUUACCAGAAAGACCUUCUCUUUUGGACCGAUGUAUCGAUCGAUGUGAUCAAGCGAUCUUUCCUGAAUGGAACCGGGAUAAGGGAUGUUAUCAAAUGGGGUCUAGAAUCCCCAGGUGGUUUGGCGGUUGAUUGGAUUCAUAAUUUGUUGUUCUGGACAGACUCGGGAACUCGGCGGGUGGAGGUGUCUACCUUCGAUGGGAAGCUACGGGCAGUGAUCGCCGCCAAUGAUCUGGACAAACCACGCGCAAUCGCUGUACAUCCGGGCAAAGCUACUGUAUUUUGGACCGAUUGGGGCACCGUCCCAAGAAUCGAGAAGGCUUACAUGGACGGAUCCGAACGGCAAACCAUUGUUUCCGAGUCAAUAUUUUGGCCCAACGGGCUGGCGAUUGAUUACACCACUAAUAGAAUUUACUGGGCGGACGCGAAGCAUGUGAUCGAAAGUGCAAACUUCGAUGGGAAAGGACGUAGAAAGAUUCUCGGCAAUAAUCUUCCGCAUCCAUUUGCGAUUACCCUUUUCGAGGACUACAUGUAUUGGACCGAUUGGCACACGAGGACCGUUUCGACGGCGAACAAAAUCAAUGGUCGAGGAUUCCGCGUUGUGCAUGAAGGCCUCCACUUCCCGAUGGAUAUCCAAAGCUAUCAUCCAUCGCGCCAACCAGAUUACCCGAAUCGUUGUCUCCCGGAUGUGAAGGGCCGCCAUGGUGGCUGUUCCCAUCUUUGUUUGCCAAAUCGGAACCACAGACGAUGUGCUUGUCCCAUUGGGUUGGCCCUGGAGAGCGAUCAACGGACCUGUUCAAACGUUCCGGAUAAACUGCUACUGAUUGCGCGCAAGAAGGACAUUCGUGUUCGUCAGUUGGACCAGCAGAACCCGACCAAAGGAGUGGAUAUGGUGGUGCCUCUGGAUGGUAUAAAAUCCAAUGUGGCUAUUGACUGGUGCAGCCAAACGAAUGUGAUCUAUUGGACCGAUGUAGGCAAGAGCAUCAUAAGCCGGGCGUUCAUCAACGGAGGUCAGCAAGAGGCGAUCAUCAAGUCGAACUUGAUCUCUCCCGCGGGGUUGGCAUUGGAUUGGAUUACCAACAAGAUCUACUGGACCGAUGCGGGAACGAAUCGUAUUGAAGCCGCCAGUACUGAUGGUAAACAGAGGGCUCUUCUGAUCUGGGAACGGUUGGAUAAACCCCGAGACAUAGUGGUUCAUCCCGCUGAAGGGUUCAUGUUUUGGUCCGAUUGGGGUUCGAAUCCGCUUAUAGAACGGGCUGGAAUGGAUGGCAGUGGAAGGGUCAUGUUGGUAUCGGAGAAUCUACAGUGGCCGAAUGGACUUGCGCUGGAUACCGACAAUCAUCGGUUGUAUUUCGUUGACGGCGGUACGAAGGCGCUGGAGUACGUGAAUUUCGAUGGCACCGGGAGAAAUCGUUUGAUUACCGAAGGGUUGAAGCAUCCGUUUGGAUUGGAUGUUUACGAGAGGAAGGUAUACUGGACGGAUUGGGAUACGCAUAGCAUUCAGGUCGCAGACAAAUUCACCGGUAAUGACAGGCAGACUAUUCUGGCGAACAACACUGACUUGAUGGACAUCCGGGUGUUCCACCGGACUCGCAAAGACGUGCGGAAUCCGUGCGAUAUACAAAACGGCGGCUGUUCGUACAUUUGUUUGCUCAGCCCCACCGGAUAUACCUGCGCCUGCCCGAUUGGCAUUCAACUAAACGACAACGGAAAAACGUGCAAGGAUGGCCCAUCCAACUACCUGAUCUUCGCUCACCGCACCGACAUCCGCCAAAUUUCCUUGGACAGUGAGUACCAGAUCGACGUUGUUCUUCCGCUGCCACCGAUAUCGAACGCUCUGAGUCUGGACGUGGAUGCCCGUACCGGAUACGUUUACUGGGCCGAUACAAUCCAGGAUGUCGUUAUGCGCUCGUCCCAGAACGGAAUGCACACCAAACAGGUGCUGAGCGAAAGUAUGGACACAGUGGACAGCUUGGUAAUCGACACAAUUGGGCGUAAAAUUUACUGGGCCGAUGCGGGUCGAUGUUCGAUCGAGGUCAGUGAGCUGGACGGCAGUAUCCGAACCGUUCUGGUUUGGCACGAUCUGGAGCAUCCGAGAGGAAUCGCACUGGAUUAUGACAGCGGCUAUCUGUUCUGGUCUGACUGGCGGAAGGAUCCGGUUAUUGAGCGGGCCAACAUGGACGGCGAACGGCGGAAGAGUCUUGUGACGACCGAUCUCGGGUACAUCUGUGGGCUGGUGGUCGAUGGGUUGGAGAAGCGCAUUUACUGGACCGAUUCGAAGGCUAAGUCAAUCGAGUCGUGCGAUUUGAAUGGAAACUCUCGCAAAACUCUACUCGAGAAUCUACCCCAUCCGUAUGCGCUGGCCGUGACGCGAAGUAUGGUUUACUGGACGGAUUGGAUGACCAAGGCUUUGCACUCCGUGCCGAAGAACGAUACCAGCAAGGUUCGGAAGGUGGCAAAGGACUUGGAAGGACUGAUGGACGUUAAGGUUGUGUUGGAGCAGGAAGAGUUUACCGAGAAUGUUUGCGGCAAAAACAACGGUGGGUGCUCUCAUUUGUGCUUGAGGAAACCGAAGGGCUUCUCCUGUAAGUGUCCCACGGGACUGUUGAUGAGGGAGGGUAGCACGAAGGAAUGUCGUGUGGUACCUGACGAAUAUCUCUUAAUCGCACUUCGUUCUGGCAUCGGCCGGAUCUCUCUGGAUACUCCGGAUUUGUUCGACGUGGUCUUACCAAUCGAUGGUGUACAUGGGGUGGUUGCAUUGGACUACCACUUUGACCGCAUGUACAUCUUCUACGCAGAUGUCAAUGUGGAUGCAAUCCGACGGGUGAAUAUAAACAACCUCACCGAGACGAAGGUGAUCGUCUCCAACAGGCUUAACACUCCAAAUGGGAUUGCGGUCGAUUGGUUGGCGGACAACUUGUACUGGACCGACGCAGCACUCAAGAAGAUUGAAGUUUCCCGGCUUGACGGUACAUGCAGGAAGGUGGUUCUGACCGGGGGAUUAGACGAUCCGAGGUCGAUAAUUCUGUAUCCGAAGCGUGGGUUCAUGUUUUGGGCUGACUGGAGCCAGGCACCGAAAAUCGAACGAGCCUACAUGGAUGGGUCGGAGCGGCGUAGCAUCAUCGAUUCGGAGCUCGGUCUUCCAACCGGUCUGGCAGUUGAUUUCGAUCAGAAGAAACUUUACUGGGCUGACGCUCAGCAGGAUCGAAUCGAGAUGUGUGACUUUGAUGGGAAACGCCGUACACGGGUGAUCUCCCAGGCUUCACGUUCGUUUGGAUUCACGCUGACCGCUAGCUAUAUGUACUGGACCGACUGGUACAACAAGACGGUGUUACGAGCUCCGAAACGAGUCGCUGCUCCGGUAGAAGAGGUACGCUUUGGACUGCGCGGUGCCCUCGAGAUCCGAUCGGUGUCCGGCGGUCGUCAGCCACACGACUGGAAUCCCUGUGGCCAGGACAACGGUGGUUGCAGCCAUCUGUGCCUAUUCGCCGAAACACGCUACGUCUGUGGAUGUCCGGAUGUGCCGGACGAGACCCACUGCCGUCUCGAGCCCGCAUUCAACGUACCGAUCAAAGCCAACGAUGAAAUCUCCGCCACAAUGGACGAGGAAAAACCCACAAAAUCCAACGGAUCUACCGUAUUGAGCAAAAAUAAGAUGCACGCUCAAUUGGUCAUUAUCGCCACCGCCAUACUGGCCGGUUUACUUAUAAUAGUAGUAAUCGCCAUCCUAGUGCUGAUUGUGAAUUCCAAACGGAAACAGGGCAAUAAGACGUCCCGCAGUAGUAGCGACGUGCUGACCUUCACCAAUCCCAACUACAACGGUGUCGACGGACUGUGCCACCCGGCCGAGGCGGGAUCCUCCCGGAACACGAUAUGGAAGCGGCUGAAGUACGACCGAGCGCAGGAACGUGUCUACGAGGAGAAAUACUUGGGACUACCGCAUGGUACAGCCACCACCACGCUUAUCUCACCGGCCACAUCAUCACAGAUCUCCUCGACAUCGGCAGUUCUUCCAGUAUAAACAACCAAACAGCUGAAAACCGAAACGACACGCAUUGAUAUACCGAUGCCCCAAGUAGAACAGCAAGAAUAGUUCGAUCAAAAACCAAAAAAAAGAAAACAUUUCAAAACAAAACGAAUGCAACCAUCAUUCGUAGAGCGACAAAACAUAUUUACUGAAAAGUACAUUCGAAGAAACUAACGGCAGCUACCACUAGAACGAGACAACCAACCAGCUAAAUAUGAAAAUGAACAAAUAACAAACGACAACAAAAAACAAACACUUAAGGUUGAGAGACUAAUAGGCAAGCGAAGAAAAAAAACAUCAAAACAGAGUUGAAAAAUAUUUUUACUACAGUUUUUUCACGUUUGAAGUGAGACUUACUUUGAUUUUUUUUUAAAGCUACAUAGAAAGAACGUUGCAAAGAGGGAAACGAAGUUGCGAAAUACAUCCCCGAGAACUGUAAUUACCUCUCCUCCGUUCACAAUUUUAAAAGUUAAUAGAGUCCUGUAAAGUCCUGUAAACUGCGAGAAAGGAAGAUGAGAAUAGGAAGAAUACAAUUUUAACAGGUAUGAGGGGACAGGACAAAAAUCAUUCCGAUACCGACUCUUUCAAGCAAAAGUGGUUGUAAUUUCAUCAACAAAUCUCGCCGAAAAAGAUACAACGGCACUCUCUAGCUUACACAGUCAUCGUAACUUCGGUAAUUGGGAGAUGACGUUGACAGAACACCACGAAGAUUGAAAUUGUUUUAUUUUGUUUUCGCAAAGUGAAAAAAAAAUGCACGGACAAGAAGAACGUGAGAAAAUAUUCUGUGCCGAAGGCACAGACACAUACGUUGAUGCUAUUAAAAGAAGGUAUAUAUAUACAAAUAUAUAUAUGAAUGUUUUAUAUAUUUCUAGUUUUUUAUACAUAUCCUGCAAAAUUACAAAAAAGUAUGAAAAUGAGAAAAAUAUGUAAUUGAACGUAAAAAUAACAAUGCAAAACAAGAAGUUUCGUGCAUUGCGUUACACAUCUCAAGGGCUGUCCCCUAUGGAACAUUUGAUUUUUAUUUGCAACUUCUCCCGAAGGGGAGAGGGGAUGAUUUGUUGUUAAUAGAUGCGCGAAUGCGCGGAUCGUUCGAGCGUUAUUUCCACUCCGACUCCGACGAAGAGCUGAAGACUAACUUUGGUUUUUUGGUUUGCCCCAAAAGUGCUGCCCAAAGUGAGGUUGCUCCAGCCCGACUUUCGGGCGAGUGAACUUUUUGUGUACAAAUAUUUUCGGUUUUCCCAAAACACGCGUUACAUUCAAAAUGUCAGAUUUGAUCUGAGUGUUGUAAAUAUUGUCUGAAGCAGAGAAAAAAAAACAUAGCAAAAAUGAUAGUGGUGAUUGGGGAGGAAGUAUAUUUUUAAUUAAGGUAAACUACUGAAACUCACACACAUAAGAUGUAAUGAACGCAUGUUGUGUCGGAAGGGGGGAUGGGAGAAGCCGUACGAAAUCGGAUAAUAGCUGAGAAAUACUAUUAAUGUUACGUUUUUUAAAAUGAAAAUUUGAGUCCCACACAAAACCAAAUAUUGCUAACAGAAAGAGUAGCACAAUAACCCGUAAAAAAAACAACACUAGCGUUAAGACAAACAAAAAAAAACACAAUGAGAGUGAAAGAGUUUAACUCGCGCGGGAUUCAAUCUAUGAGAUUGGUUAGUAGCUGGAUUAGUGAAGAAAAAUGGGGAAAAUCGCAUCGUUUGUUAGGAAUACGGAUUUUUUUUACUACAACUAAAGGCAGAAAUGACAACAAUACUUAAACAAACUUUAAAGUAAAGCCAAGCCAGCAAAUCGUGAAAAUAAUUAGAGUAAUUAUCUGCAAAAAAGAAGAAGAAAAACAGUAAUAGUUAAUGUAAAUAAAAACAUUCUUUCCUAGAGUUGCGGUCAACAACUCAUUGAACCGAUACAUGGAGACAAAAAAAACUAUUUAAAGAAUGUGGAAAGUUAUGAAUUCAAGUGAAACAAUGUGCCAAAAAUCUAGCCGGAAGGCGACACGGACAAGGCACAAACCACACAUACAGAGUAGGCGUUGACAGCUGUCAAACUCUCGCGCAAACCCUAGUCUGUGUCGAUGCGUGUCGUCUGGUGUCCGUUGAUCCCUUCGUGAGGCGUAAAAGUGUAUAAAAAAAUAUUCUGCUCACUAACAAAACCAAAAUAUAAGAACCGUAUAUAACACAUAGAACAUUUUCGAACGAAACAUAUUUUCCGGGUUCACAUGGAAAAAGACUGAUUUGAUUCCUGAGUUUUUCUCACUCUUGAAUGUUGUGUUUAGUCAAACAGUGUAGUGGGAUAGGAAAAUGAAGAAAAAACUUGUUUCGUUAUUUUGUUCAGUGAAAAUUCUAUGUAACCUUGGCAAGCUUGGUGUGAGAAAUUGCGUGCAACAUUGCACGCACUCGUUGAGUGCUUAAUUUGACGGAAGUGAGUUUAGCGAUUCAAUUCAAAAGUGGAAAACAGCGGCGGGCGUAAAUUGAGUCCAUAUUCAUUUGUAUGACGCAAAACCGUUAGGAUUCUGCUGAUUUCGCUCCACAAAAUGUGCAUAUUUAUCAUUUACUAGCUGAUCCGACGAACCUUGUCCCGACCAAAAAUGAUUUUUUCAUAUGAACACUUCCAAACAUUCACGUUUGUUUUACUGGGCGAACAUUCGUGAAUCCAAUCGCAGAGCUAUUCAUUGAUUGAUUGCCCUCAGACCCUUUAAAAAUUCCUUUUACUAUAAAUUUCCUAGGACUUCUACCAAAACUGAACAUAAUAAUAUAGAAUUAUUUUCAGACACAUUUCUCGUUUAAGAUUCUUCAAUCACUUGCAAACAACAUGUUUCUCCGUUACAUGGAAUACAUGUUUGGUACAGAAAGUAUAAUAAAGUAAAGACAUCUCAAUUCAGAUGUGAUCCAUUUAUUUUUAUAUAGAUAGCACGAAAAUCAUGAAAUUUCACUACCACAAUUCAUUUCCACUUUCGAACAAAGAUCAAUUUCGUUAGCGCAAACAUCGAAUGGACUGCCAACGUUUAUCACGAUGUAAUUGUAGAACAUAUGGGAAUACAAGUUUCCGAGUGGUCCCAGUUCAGAGUUUUCCGAAAAUUUUUCAAUUGUCAUAUUUAGUUUGCAUGUGUGUUCCUGGAGGGACAGGACCUCACGAGUAAUUGCAGAGAAAAAAACACGUGUGCUCGGUUCGAUGUCAAGAUAGAAAGUGAUUUUACACCGGGGAUGCCAGGUUAUUUUUUCAAAUGUCUUCACAUGGAACGAAAAAUGUCUUCAAAUGUCUUCACAAUCAUAUCUGAGGAAACUAAAAUUCUAAUAUUGGUUGUAACUCAAACCAUAUCCUUAAAACUAAUGAUUGAAACGGUACGUAACCGGAAAACCUCGAAUUGUGAAGUGAUCGUUUGAAAGAUCUACGUUAAUCUAUAGUAUAGGCCCAAAACAAUGAAAAUACAAUGUCACAAUCAUUCGAACUCUCUAGCGCAAAUGAACUAAUGUCUUCUAGAGACUAUAUGUAUUCGGACCGCUUGAUGUUCUGCAAAAUUUGAAGUAAAAGUCGCUUUGUUGUUGAAUUCAUUCUAUAUGUUUAUGGAUUUUCAGCUUAAAAAAGGUUGAAAAAAGCAUGUGAAUGACCCAUAGACAAAUGUCUCCGUUGAUUACUAAGAACAAAAGUAAACAAGUGACAUGACACUGAGACAAAAACCGAAUAAAAGCAAGCGAAUGACACUGAGACAAAAACCCUGCCCUGUCUUCGCAAAAUCAAAUGUCUUCACAGUAAGUCAAAUGUCUUCAAAAUGAAGACAUGUCUUCAAACCUGGCAUCCCUGUUUUACACGUCUAUUUUGUACAGAGGAAAAUAUAGGUUCACAGUACAAUGCAAGCUCAAUUUAAUUGAAUUCUGCGGUUACACAGUUGAUAUUCGCACUUAACCGGGAAUUCAAGCUGUGCCCAAAAUCUUCUAUGCUUGUACAAAAACUGGGAGAUGCAACUGGUUUCGUGAGAGUAUCGGCUUUCUGUUGAUUUGAACUGACGAAUUGCAAUUUAACUGGUAACACUAACAGCACAAAAUGAUGUCCUACAUCAAUGUGUUUCCUUCUGGGAGAGUAACCGAUCUCCUUUUCUGCCAGACAAAGCGUACUGCGGUUAUUGCAAUAUAUUGAAAUCGACCGCACAACUUCAAAUAACUCAGCAUGGAUUUCACGCCACCAAAGUACCUCCUGUGACAACUCCAAAACACGGAUUCAUCACUAUAUUGAAAAUCCAUCCGGUGAUCGAUCGUCUCGAGUCUUAGUCAUUACCCCAAUCAGCAUCGCUGAAGCCGCUGAAAACUGCCUCAUUUUGCUUCCUCAUUCAAGUACCAUUGAGAAAUCGUAGAAUGCCUUUGACUGCUAUCCAGUGAGUCUCACCAGGACUACUGCAAAAAUUGCUGACGGCGUAUUGCAUAUGCGAUAUCCGGCGGUGUAGAUCUUAGUGUUAGCUAAGAUCUGUAGUUCACCUACUAAUUCACGGUACGGAAUAUUCUGCAUCCUUGUCUUCUCUUUUUCUGUCUUCGGUUCCAACCGCCGAUUCAUCUCAGCAGGCGUCGAGAUCGGUUUACUAUUAACCAUAUUGAACCUCUACAGUAACUCAUCGAUGUACCGUUCUUUAUAGUUGGUUUCGGAUGGACCAGGAGAAUUACAUAACGAUUAUUGACGCGACCUAUUACAAGCGAUAAAAUAUGUGUCUUUGUUCUCACGUGUUUUUGAAGUGUUAAGAAAAUGGAGAUUAGCUAAAGAUACCAUGUGUGUAUAAUAAAGGUGGGACAACAAAGAUGCAGUGGUUGUCAUCUCAACACCCCUGUUCAAUCACAAUAUCGACCAAGUCCCAGCAACUAACGUAAAUGCUUGAAGGGCAGGCCCUGCAGUAUCAAUUCCUGUAGAAAAUGGUACUUCGUAUCGACAUGCUUCAGUCUGCCGUGGUCAUGACAAUCUUCUGUAAUCCGGAUAGUAGACUGAUUGUCUUCAUGUACUGUUAUCGGAUCCUCGGUCCUCGAGCCAAGAUCCCGAAGCAAUCGUAUCAUUCACAUCGUGUGAUAAGCUGCUGUGCACAAAGCUGAUAAAUCAGCUUCCGCAGACGAUAAUGAAACGGUCUUUUGCUUUCGUGUAAUCCAACUAACCGUAUAAUUUAAAUAUGCAACCAGUUACGGAACGACAAUCAACCAACUCGUUGGCCCAAAUGCAUGCUUUCCUUAUUCGCCAAUACCAAAACAACUCGAAAGAUAUCCAGCUUCGCUACUGGAGAGUACGUCUCGUUGAAGUAGGACCCUUUUUCCUGCGUACCGGUCACCAGCUUCGCCACUUCCAUGCUUAGCUCGGAAGACAUUUACAGGUAACCGCAGUUCGGCCCUCAGGAAGGCACGUCAGCGUCCAGGUGUUGUUACGUCUCAACGAUCUUCAUUCGCCUUCUCCCAACGAUCCCAGUCAUCGCGCUUCCGCAGCUCAACAAUCGUGCUCGGAAUGUUAUUAAUAAAAUUCACAGCACUCAAUGCGAACCCAGGGUACUCGACCUCGGAACCCUUAUGCCAUUCCGGGGAUUUUCGGUCACGAGCUGUUCGACCUGCAUUACCGACUACAGGUUCCGCUUCUGCUUCCAGAUUUGGAUCCUCCACAGCUGAAUCUUCCAAAAACUUCCGUACUCUUCAUCAGAAUGAUCCUAAUCCGGUUCAGCAUAACGAUCAUCCGAUCCAUCAGUAUUUCGGGAUAUAGACUGGAAAUUGUCCUCAUAUUUUGUCCUAUCAACAACCUUCGAUGGUGCUUGGAUUUCCAUAAACAUCACGUUACGAGCAACGACGAUUACUUUUUUCUUUGUAUCCCAUAUCCUGCAGUCAUUCGGAGAGUAGCCAACAAAUACGCCUUGUCAAGACUUCGGAUCCAAUUUCUUUCGCAGUUUCUUCGGAAUGUGAGUAAACACUUUGCAUUCAAAAACUUGAAUUUUUGAAAUAUCCGGCUUUCGCGAUCCCCACAAUUCGAACGGAGUUUUGUUCGAAUCUAAAGGUGAAAAAAGAAUGCCGCGUCGUGCGUUGCUUCUCAUCAGCUGUCAUUGCUUGCGUUUUGUACUAAAACAUUCACCCGACGCAGUCUGCUGAUUUGCAGUCACAAUCUAGCAUUCGCUUCACCACUUUUCAUGUAAACAAAAACAAAAUAAAAUUCGUAUGAAAAUCUUGUACUUGUUGUGUCCACGGAUCAGUUCAAUGUUUUUAAAAACAACACAUUGACAUAUCCGCGCUGGCGGCGUUGAGCUUCGUUUACUAGUUUAGGGGAGCGUGAAAGAAUAGCUGAUUUUCAGUUGCAAUGAACACAUUUUCCAAAUUAAAAUUAUGAAUGUAAAUUUGUUUUUCCAUAUCAAACUAGUAUUCUAUUUAAAUGAAAAACAUUUUUGUUUGCAGGUGGCGGCGGAAAAGUCUCAUACGAAAAUUGUUUAUGAAGACAACUCUAUAUUACGAUGAAAAAAUUCAGCAACAAUGUUGGAAUUGUUUAGCCAUAUGGUUGAAUGAAAGUCAGAAACACGUGUUUCAAGUAAUCAAAUAACAUGAUGUGAAAAUUUUCAUUCAAAUUUUAGAAUUUAAAAACCGGCUUCGUGUCUUCUAAUCUGAUAGAGAUUACACUAAUGAGUUUGGGACCCAAAUUAUGGCCCUAAUAUGAAGUUGCCACCAGACGUUGUCAUCGCAAAUUCGGCGCAAGCAGUCUAGAACAAAUGUUAACGUUUAGUACAACGAUGCUAAUAACGCAACGCAUUAUUGUGUUCGACUAAAUGGAAACACAUAUAUUUAAAAUGAAGUGUCAAAGCACAAUUGUCGCAACGCGACGCAUAGCGCGGCAUUCUGGUCCCACCUUAACAUCCAUGCCUCUCACGCUAAAGGUCACGAGUUCAAUUCUCACUCCCGACAUUCUUCCAAAAAUAGAAGUAAAAGUGACGAACCAGCCAAAUGAGUUGAAAGUCACUAUAAUACAGAUAAAAAAAACACUCGGAGUCUUUGAACGACGGAUGUUAAGAAUUGGUUGCUAUGUUGAAUAAUCCACCAUUUUGUUUCGUCGUUCUCGCUGAAUUUUAUAAACCGGACAUUCACUGCUCCAGGCAGAGUGAUCAGUUUCAAUAUUCAGUUUACGCUCAACUCGCAAUUUCGCACAGUUUGCACAUUUUUCUAUGCGAGAUUUGCAUUCUUUGAUCGAAUGGUUAUCACUGCAAAUAGGGCAGAUAACUUUUCCUACUUUACAGUCGACUAUUUUAUGAUUGAAUCCGCAGCAUUAUGGAGGCGAAGGAUGUACCACGAGCUCACGCAACUUACCGGCGAACCCAGUAUCCAGAAAGUGAUCAAAGCUGGAAAGCAACGUUGGGCAGGACCUGUUUCAAGUAUAUCGGACAACUAUCCUGCAAUAAUGGUGUUCAUCGAGAAGCCAAAUUAUACGAGACGACGAGGAGCGCAGCGAGCAAGGUGGUUAGACCUAGUGGAACAGGACAUGGUGAGCACGGGGUGCCAUCGAAAUUAGAGAGGGAUAACCACGGACCGAGUUAGUUGGAGGAAAAUUGUGAAUCAGGCCAUGUUGUAAAGACGUUAAGCCAAAAUGAAUAAAUAAAAACGUGUCAACUUACGCAGCAAUCUGAUCUGAUCUGAACGGAUCAUCUCAUCAUCCUGGAAUAUAUAGGUGUUUCGUUUUUGACACUUUCAGGAUAAAGGACGAACACGAAAUUAUUGCGACACAUUCAACAGGGCAUAACUUUUUUACCAUUGGGUAAAAAUCAACCAAAUUUCGCACACUUCCUCAUUGAUGUGUAUUGUCUACAUACAGUCAAACUCGAAGUCGUGUUUUUCGAUUCAACGAAAAUGGAGGUGAACCAACGCAAGUCGAGAUAACAAAUUCUUUCCAAACACCUGGAAUUUCCUGACCUGUCGCACCGGCAGUUGGGAAAAAUGUUGAACAUUCACCAUUCAACCGUCUCCAGAGUGUUGAAGCGGUUCCAGGAGCGGUUGACGUUGGACCACGGCAAAGGAGCUGGAAGAAAACCAGGACCGGAGAACAAAAAGACGUAGGGAAAGGUGAAGCGAAUGAUUAAAGCAAAUCCUAACGUCUCAAGCCGUGAUUUGGCUAAAAAGAUCGGCAUGUCGCAGGGCUACGUCCAGAAUGCAAAGAAGAAAGCUGGACUACAUACAUACAAGGUACAGAACUUCCCAAACCGCGAUGAGCGGCAACAAUCGACGGUUAAAACUCGGGCACGGAAGCUCUACGAGAAGAUGCUGACAAAAUAUGGCUGGAGUGGUAUAAGGCCAAUUCUGUCCAUGUUGUUCCAAAGAACAUGAACCCGCCAAACUGUCCGGAGCUGCGCCCGGUGGAGAAAUACUGGGCAAUAAUGAAGCGGGAACUUCGGAAGAGCAAGAAGACAGUCAAAGACGAGAAGGACAUGUUAAGAAAAUGGAAAAAAACUGAGAAACUGGUACCGGAUGACACUGUAAAGACUUUAAUGGAGGGCAUCAAGCGAAAAUGCGUUCAAUUUUACACUCAAGGCUCCAUCGAUUAACUUUUCUUUUGUUUUUUGGAGUAAAUAUAUGUAUAAAACUACCCUAAAAUUUUGGUUUGAUUCUAAACAUUAUAAGAAAAUUGGCAUGACAUUUUCGGUGUCGCAAUAAUUUCGUGUUCGCCCUCUAUGACGUGAGACGAGUAGCGAGAUGUAACUUUCAGAAUUAUUUACUUUUUGUUUGGUUUGCUCUAGCCAAUUACUUGUAACGGCCCUUUCCGGAUCUUCUGGAUCUGGUAAUCUCCUUCCCGGUAUAUGCACAGCAUUCUCCUCCUCCCUAACCGAAAUCAGUGGAGCCACAAUCAGCGUUAUUUCUUAUCACCAUCGCCGUAAGCUGAUAGUACUCUACGAUGGUACGAUGGAAACAUUUUCUGGAUGUGCCUAUUAUGGAUGUAUCUUUCAGCCUUUGUUGCUUCUGGUUCAGGAAUUCUUGGAGUUUGGUGGCGAUGCAGUAGUGAAGAUCGUAAAACUCAUUACGGGUAAAGAGUAAAGAACUAAGCAGUCUGAGCUUCGUCUCUUUCAAAGUCGGAGCCAGAAAGCAACUGAAAUAAAUUGCCUUAUGUACCGAUUCGUAGCCACAGAACGUAGUCUUCCGUAUGUUCGAGGAGCGUCCAGAGAACAUCGUUCGGAUAAAUCAGCCAAGGUCGGACACGACCUCUACAUCGAUGAUGCAAUCUUAGCACGGCGUAUUGUCAGACAUUGGGACGCACUAGAGUUGUCAUUAUAUCCUCGAUCCUCCCACCGUUGUCGAGCCAUUCCUGCCAGCAACCCGCAUCCGGCCAAGUCCUACGUGUGGGUGUGGUGAUGGAGUCUCCCAACUCCACAUCGCCAACAUACUUGUCCUAACUUGAACCCUCUUUGCCUUCAACGACUCUUGAUCCGCCCUUCGAAUGCAGUCAACCUUCGCCAACGUUAUCUGAACGACCUUCGCUAUUCAGCCGGACUCUGGGACGCACUGAAGUUGGUAUCAUGAUAUCCCACGAUCUAAAUAUCAACCGGACACAAGGACGUACCGAAGUCAGCAUUAUGGGAGCCCUCGAUCCCCUCAUUGAGUCGAGCCAUUUCUGCCAACGACGAGGUCUUCCAACUCGGCACCACCGGCAAGUAUGAUUCCGUUUUGCCCUCAACGACUCCUGUUCCGCCCAUCGAUUCCAGACCUGAUCGAUCGUCGCUUACUACCGGGACUGAGCAACGCUAUGAUAUUCCAAUAGGCAAAACAACUCACAACUUUACGAUCUUCUCGCCUGGACUAAACACGUGUGCCAACGAUUACGCGCCAUCGGAUGGCGCGUACGACAUCAUUGCGUUCUCUAAAAUUAGGUUGCACAAUAGAAAUCACUCGAGUCAGAUUUUCGGUCAGCAGUACGAAGUUUUUCGAAGUUCCCCGUAUGACAGUCGUAAAGCCUUUGAAGGCUGCGAUUUGUUGGCAGUUCGACAAGAUCUGAAGACGCGGAUCGUCGAGUAUAUCACUGUAGAACAGGUCUGGGUGGAAAUCGAACUCGUUGGUCAUAAGCUGUCUGGUCUGUGUGGUGUACUUUCUUCCUGAUCGUAUCAAUGACUCUUCUUUGAUUGGAGACCACAUCAAAUACGUAGAAACUAUCUGUGGUUUCGCCGCUGCAGUUGAUGAAGUGAUAACUAUUGGUGACUUCCAUUUCCCAAGUCUUAGGUGGCGUUCUUGAACGCAUGAUUUUCCAUUUGCUGUUCUCGCGCACUUACAGAUUACCUCAAUCACCUCGGAGCUCCUGGACAGCUACAGUACUGCAACUCUUCGACGGAUCAACAGUGUACCAAAUGAAAACAUUCGCUUACUGGGCUUGUGCUUUGUCAGUUCCACAGACCAAGCUCCUAGUUUUGUGCUAGCACCGACCCCUUUAGUCAAGGUUGUACGGCAUCAUCCUCCAUUGCUGAUAUCGGAAGCAGGGAAAGGAGCUGCCUUGGGAAGAUAUUAACGUUACCUGCAGAACAAUUUUAGGAGAAAUCCGAAAUCACUUUGGCGAUACGUCUACAAACAGCACAAGAAAGAUGGAUUGGUUUCUACCAUGUCGCACGAGAGCACGGCUAGUUCAGAUACGAAAGUGAUAUGUCGAUUAUACUCGAGAAAAUUCUCCUCUGUGUCUUCUGAUCGUUCACUAUUUACAGCGCAAGUUGCUUCCGUUGCCAGGAAUGUUCCUUCAUUGUGCUACUCUUUCAGCGGCUGCGAUAUUGAGGUAUCCCAGAUACAGACACCGCCGCCGAUAAGUUAAAACCCCCUGUUAGUCCAGGUAUGGUAUUGGAUGGUAUUCCAUCCAUGCUUUUGAAAAGAUGCAUAAACAGUUUAACGACGCCAUUGUUGCAUCUUUUCCGACUUUCUUUGAGCUUUCCUGAGCUUUGGAAAACAGUCGAAAUGUUUUCGGUGUAUAAGAAACGUGAUAAGCGGAACGUUGGUAUUUCAUAGUUUUGUGCUAUUGACGUAGGACUACGUCUUUCAUUUCUGUACCGGAGUUUAAAUUCAACGUUUCGAAAACGAGAGAGUGACGCUGGAAUGCAAGGUUUUGAACGUUAAUACCUCUUUACCGGCAGAAUGGAGUGGUAUGACAAUCACAUCAUUCGGAAGAUUAAAUGUCAAAAAGUUAUAUGAUUGUACCUUAUUGGUCCAAAAAAUCGUUUCAAUAGCUUAAAAAUUGCUUUGAAAAGAGGCUAUUGAAAUCAUAACAAUCUAGCUUAUUGAUGAUGAUUGCUUUUGUGGUGUGGUGAUGUUCAGGGCCACCAACAAGUUCUAAAUAGUUGAAUUUCAUGCUAAUAACAAUCUCCCAUCUUUCUGGUAGCAAACGGUUUCCACGCUGAAAGAAGGACUGGUCUUUUGAGGAAAUCCAGUAAUCGAUCCAUUUUUGGAUAGGAGGAAAAUCGCUCAGCCAGGUCAUGUGUCAUCGACCGAAACAGAUGGUAAUCGGAGAGAGCGUUGUGUUACUUCCACCAUUUCUGCAAGUUCUUCGUAGAAAUUUAUGUUUCAUUUGUAAGGUAGCCCUCCCUUCCAGAGGCUUCCAGAGGUCUCAAACCAUCAUAAGAACCUUCCCGGCUCCAAAACCCCUACAUACAAAUAGUCGCGCCGAUCGGUUCAGUAAUUUCCAAGUCCAUAAGGAUCAGACAGACAGACAGACAGACAGAAAUAUACAUAUACAUAGAUAGAUUGCUUUACACUGUUCGAGCAAAACAUAUGAAAUGAACACACUUAAAAAUUAGCAAAUGGACGUCAUCCAUUGUUCGUGUAAUUAAUAGUUUCUCGAAGAAGGAGAGGUCUUUCUCAACUUGUCAGUCCAAUUGUUUUCAACCUUUCUGAACCAUUUCAUCGUAUGAUGUGGUGCCUCUUCAGCACUGCAGAUUUUGCUCGAAUGAUAAUUUUUUGUUUGACUAAAGAUUAUUAUAAAACAAGCACAUUGAGAGCGAAAAAUGUGAUAUGGACUCAGCCGAUCAAAACGAAAACUGUCAUAGCGUUAAUACAUUUUUCUUGUAAAGCAUUUAUUAUUGUAUUUUGGAAACAAACCACUCGUUCUGUUCUCGGUCACACUCAACACUACGAAAAAAUUUGCUCAUAUAUCAUUGUAUAAAUUUGACAAUAUGGCGAUUGAAUAUUGAGAGGAAAAAAAAAUACCUGUAAAACAUAACACAUUAAUUCCGGUGUUUCAGCCGUACUUGUCGUGAAGCCGGAGAAACAUCUCACUAUUUUCUCCGACCACGACCAAAGUACACGCGCUGCCCUGGGGAAACGUGGGAGGGGGCCGCGUCCUUAGCAAAGGGUACCAAACACUUGAAUGAAAAGAAACACGAGAGCAACAGGACGAAAACCCUAAAAACAUCGCUGCGGACGCACACUGCUAUUGGGUCAGGGAUAGCCUAAGAGUGACUUGGGCUCAUGAAUCUUUUUCGCUUCAUCCCUACCCGGAAGUACUCACGUCCCACGGUGCCAAGUGCCGCAACCUGUUGCCAAUUGGACGCUCGCUCGCUACCACUUUCCUUCCCUGUGGGUCAUCGGAAACAGGCUUUAAAGCAAACAAAAAAGUGUAAAUCAUUCUUCAAGAAUCUAUAAAACAUAAUCGACAACAGAAACAGAUUCGAUUGUUAUCUGUUUGCAAGUGAAGAGAACAGAGGGAAAGAGUGUGUGUGAAAGAGAGAAAAAAAAUCAAAGUAACUUCUAUUCCGUUUUCCACACAUAAAACUAUACUCAAGGUGCGCGUUUUAGUGCAUACAGAAAUGGUAAACACAGACAGAGUAUAAAAGAUAUUCCAGUUGAUUUUUUGAAACACCCAUUUGUAUGAAGAGGGCCAGGCAGGCCGUAACGUUGUAGCGAGGGGGAGGCCAUAGGGACAAGAAGAGAAACAAACCGAGCACAUUAUAUUUAUUGAAGAACAAAAAUCCCCCAAACGGACGUUUCAAAACUAUGCCACGUGGCUUCCUCUGCAAAAGGCGCGUACUAAACGUACCCGCCACGAUAUCAUGUUGUUGAACAAAAUUGUUUAUUUACUUAGUUUGGGAAACAAAGAAAAACACGGAACAAACAUUCCAUGAAAACUUUAUUUUUUAUAAGAAAACAAGAGAAAAUGCAAAACACACUAAACGUCAUUUGAACACACAAAAAUUGAAUGAGUGGUAAAAUGAAACUAAUUUUUACUCUGAGCAGAAACAAAGCAACAACGCAAAGAAACGCAGAGAUGGGUGAUUCAUUUUGAAAGACGUUUAAAACGUAAAAACCAAACAUACCAACUAAACAAACUAAUUUAAAGAAAAAAAAACCAGAAAGAGCAACGUAGUCGAUAAGUGAGACACACCCAACCCGGAAGUCCCGUUUGAUAAGCAAAAAAAUUGCCUCCGUUUUUGUGAAAUCAGAGCACUUCCGCACAGUGUGCGCACACAGACAGGGUGCGCAUCGAGGGGCCUCCCCUCGAUUUUUUUUUCGUUUGUUUUUGGUUGGGUGUGUGCCGUCAAUUCAGUAACACUCACUCUCGCACACACAGAAGAUUCGCGCGCAUCUAGAUCAGACGGAUGCGGAAGAGCAGGGAGAGUGAUAAACGUGCGUGCGUGCUACUGAAACAAUGUUUUUUUUUAUGUUUUUAUAGAGAAUAACAGAAGACAGAAACUUUAGAGAAUACAAGGAAAAAAAAUCAAAGAAAACGUUAAUAAACGAAAUAACAAAACUUGAAGUGGGACGGGGGGCGACAACAGAAAUCUGUGAGGAAUUAAAAUGAUAAACAAAAAAAAA